AUGUUGGGCACCAUCAUAUAUGUGUCUAUUCUACUCGUGAAUGCAAUGGCCGUAUUGAGUGAAGAUCGAUUUUUGGCGCGAAUCGGUUGGACUUCUGCUCGCCCUCAAAGCAACAACAACCCAGGCUUCCAAGCCUACGAUCAGCCUGCCUUCGGCCAGGAAGUUGCAAUCAAAACGAAGAUAAUAGACCUCAUCAGCGCUGUGCGGACGUUGCUGCGUAUACCAUUGAUCGCAGUUAACAUCAUAGUGAUCAUGUACGAACUAAUACUCGGUGGUUAG